AUGUCUUCUGGGAAUGGCACCAGAAACAAUUCGCCUGAGGCUUCGGGGGCAGCCAAAGCGGGCACUCGAAAGAAGAUCCGACCCACAUAUUCGUGUUUAAACUGCCACAAACGCAAAGUCAAGUGCGACCGAGUAAAGCCGUGCGGUGCCUGCUGCCUCCGCGGUACACCGUCCGAGUGCGAAUACGGCACCAGCAAGCGGGACCGCCAUUACAUCCAGCAGUCGGCUUUGAUCGAGAACCUUCUUCGGUCCUGUGAGAAUCUGAAACAGCAGCUUGCCGAGGCUCGCCAACUCGCCAAUCUUCCCGCCAUAAAGGAUGAAGACGGACCGCUACCGAGCAGCCAGGCGCUUUACUCCAUCAAGGAGUCGCACAACUCAGUUGACGAUGGAGACGACUCGUUGGACGAACUGGACCUUUCUUCCAAGGCCCCAGACGAUGAGUCUUUGCCUUCACCCAAUGCAGUCGUGCUGGAGGAGCAACGUACACGUAAAGAAAGUCGUUACUCCUCUCCACCAUUGUCGAAAGAGAAAGUCAUUCUUACUGAUCCCAAUCUAGCUAACGCAUUAAUUGAAUUUUAUGUUGAACGCUUGGUUAAUGAUUUCAGCCCUGCCCAAGUCAGCGGCACCAUCGCUUUACGUGAAGCUCGGUCCUUGCGAGUCUUUUCGCCGAUUCUGUGCAGUGCGUUUGAAGCGGCAUCCCUCACGUUUGCUGGCCGGCGCGAUGGAAAUCGAUCAGUCGAGGUAGCUGGUCACUCGCGUUACCUCCGAGUCUUGCGCUCUCUUCAGCAUGCUUUGUAUGACCCUCAGCAGGGCAAGUCGACCGAGGUCCUUGUGGUCGUUCUCCUAGCUACUAUCAUAGAAGCCUUCAAACAAACGUCAAAAGACUCGCUUCUCAAACAUCAGCUCGGUGGUUUGGAACUUUUACGGACUCGGACACCGUAUCGACAUCGAUAUGGCAUUGAGCGCUCUUUGUAUGUUGACCUUCGGAUGUAUUGGGUCACGGCAGCCUUGGUUCAUCGGAAGCCUACUUUCCUUGCGGAAAAAGAUUGGUUGACAGUCCCAUGGCCUGGGGACGGACCGGCUAAGGACAUCCUCCAACGCCUGCUGGAUGUUGCAGUGCAUAUUCCCGGAUACCUUGCUCAAGUUGACGAGUUCUUAGCGUCACUAAAGGGGGGCAACAAGCCCCCAUCGGAGCUAGUCAACAUGCAGAGUGCCAUUUGGGAACGGGCUACCGAACUUCAAGGUCUCCUCCAAGUAUGGAAGAACAUGUAUGCCGACACAUACCCGUUAGGUGGACUAUGGGAGGAAAGUCCAAGCAAAGCAGACCCAACCGACGACUUCCCCAAAUUUAGGUGCCGCAACCCCAGCACAAUGCAAGUGAUAGUGGGACAGAAUAUUAUGUACCCGGACCUGCUUCUAGCGACAUCAAUGACCUUCUACUGGGCCUUGGGUCUGAUCAUCUCCACCACCGACUCGGGACUAGUCAGCGUUCUCGGACUCCAGGAACGAUAUCAGUACGCGUGCAACAUCUGUCGCAGCAUGAAAUACUACACUCAGAACAUCCCGGGCUGUCUAAUAUCACGAGUUAUGUUCAUUCUCCGCACUGCAUUCGACAACUUCGCAGACGGCAUGGUCGAGAAGGAAUCCAUGGCGGAGAUGUUUACCUAUAUCGGUCGGAAAUUCGAGCUCCCUGUGUUUUCCAACAAAUGCACAUCAUCUUCAGUGAAGGCUGAAGGAAAGGCAUGA